CUUAUAUAAAUUACGUGAACUCACGGAAAAAUUAAUCAGUCUGACAGAACGUUACUAACUAAACCUUGUGCCUUAAUCAUAUUUUUUAUCAACUGAAAAUGGCUAAAUUUUUGUUAAGCUUUGUCGUUGUUCUAGUUUUAAUUGCUUACGUUCAAUCUGGUCCAGUUCCAGAAGAAUUCAAAGAUGUUCAACCAACAAUUCGUGCAGCAUGUGUAAAAGAAUCAGGACUUACAAGUGAAGAUUUAGUAAACAAAGCUGCAGUCGGUGAAUUCACUGAUGACCCUCAAUUAAAAUGCUACUUGAAAUGUAUUUUCGAUCAAUUUAGAUUAGUAACCAAAAACGGAAUUAAUUUCGAAGCACUUUUAGCAUUAUCUCCACCAUCAAUGAAAGAAGAUGCAAUAAAAGCGGUCAAGGAAUGCCGUGACACAAAGGGAAAAGAAGGAGAUCUCUGCGAUUUAGCAUUUGAAGUUACAAAAUGUAUGUACAAAUCAAACCCUGAGAAAUACUUCAUCCUAUGAAUUCCAUAAACCGUCUACUCAAAAGUAUAUAAAUAAAAUCGACUAAUGGCUUGUGUGUAGGAUUGAAAUAUAAAUUUAAUUACUCAUGUACUAGAUUAUUGAAAAAUAACAAAAUAAAUAAUUAUUUUAUGUUGUAAA